CUUUGGUUGACAGAUCUGGUACGCCGGGCCUUUCAGUCACACCAAUCGUGUGCAAGCCCUUUGUCGCUGGCUGCUUGCGUGCCUGCGCCUGCCUGCGGGACGUGCCUGAACAGAAGGCACCUCCCUCCCUCCCUCCCUCUCCUCCUCUCCCGCAACACUCUGUCUUCCUUGCUUUAGCUGAGUGAGUGUGCUGUGUGGCUCCACCGGUCGUCUGUCGUCGGUUGUGUGUAUGAAGCCAUCGUGCCUUGUCCGGGGUAGUCCGCGGAGCCUCACCAGCCUCACGACGUGCUGUCCGUCAUCGCCCUGCUCGGUGAUGGACGCACCCCCACGCAAGGGCGGAAGCGACACCGAGGUGAGGCAGACCGACGACACGCAAAUCAGGACCGUCACGAGUGAUCUGGGUGUAUGUCUACUGUGUUGUUGGUUGUUUGCAGUUCCCAAGUGACUUUGCGCCUUUGCCGAAGGCUUUGCUGUCUUUCCUGGACGAGGGCGCCGACGCGCCAUCACUGUGCGACGACAUCAAUCGCUGUCCGUCGAUGCCGAGUGGCCAGCUGUGGAGCAGCAAGGUCUUCGUCGAGAGGAAGCAAAGCGGUGAGCGAGAGAGAGAGGCCCUCGUGUGAGCCAUGUGCACAGACAGACAUGCGGUAUGUCUGUUGGUGGAAUCGCAGAUGAGCCGCCCGAGUUGCCUGCGUCGCCCAUCCCCCCACCCCCGCCAGCCAGAUCUCCCAAACGGAUGAUCAGCCUGCCUAACCCACGUACGAAGGCACAGAACCCUCUUUGCUCUGCUUUGAUGACGCGCCUGCGACACGCCAUGGAACGCCUUCCUUCUCCUCUCUUGUGUAACUGCGUGUCCUCCCUCAUGCAGCCCCCUCGUAUGCGCUGGACGUCCCGUCGCCUCCGUCUGCCCCGUCGCCUCCGUCUGCCCCCGGGACGACCAGGCACCACAAUCCUCCUUGGCACCACGCCCACACAUACCCUCACAUGUGCAGAUCGCCGCAGGCACACACCCAUGCGCAUGCGCAUGUGCAUUCGCACAGGGGAUACGCGCAGCCGCCCGUCAACAACUUUAGGGGGCGGGGGGGAAAUGGAGGGGGCAACGCGGCCGCCGGCAGGAGAGGGCGCUUCAAGCGGGUGAUCGAGGUGAGUCUGCGCACCCUCAUCGAAUGAUGCAGCUGUGAAUGUGUGCGUGUGUGAUUGUGGUUGUCAGAAUGUGCCCCAGUUUGUGUGCCGUCGGUUCGUGUCCUCCCGCACCACAGACACAGCAGCAGCCGCAGCACAUGGCAAUGGCGGAGGGGAAGCUGCGUCAGCGGCCGGCGAGAAGCUCUUCGAGACCGACUGGUUCUUCACCGAUGUGCCCCCCGAGCACCGUGCAGUGCGCCUGCCAGACCAGUCGGCGUCGUGCUACCACUUCUACCUUCUGGACGACGUCAAGGACGAUGUGCUCGGUAGGACACGGAUGCACCUGCAGAUGCGCGAAGGUCUGUGUGAUGCGAGAUGAGAUGUCUGUGAGUGAGUGCAGGUAUGGAGGAGUGCGUGCGGGGUCUGCAGGAGGAGUAUGACCAGGCCAACAGGGAGGUCUCGUCGCUGAAGCAGCAGCUGGCCGCGGCGGCGGCGCAGUUCGAGCAGAACGCGGCGACCAUCCUGCAGCUUGCGCCACAGACGCAGGACAUACCCCAACAGAUGACCGAGCUCCCGCACUGGUAUGCGACACACACACGCAUCAGAGACCUUCGACACUCAUGAAGGAAUGAAUUGUGCGUGCAGGUACUCCAAGACCGGCGCAGAGCGGCCCAGCAAGGCUCACGCUGGUGCUGGUGCUGCUGGUGGUGGUGGUGGUGGUGGUGUUGGCUACACUCCGUCACUGCCACCGCCGCCCCCCAUGAGAGCACCUCCCUCGUAAGUGUCACCACCCACCCAUGCCAUGCGCAUCGAUCCACUUGUCUUCAUGCAUGUGUCUCCUCCUCCAGAUGUGGCAGCGCUGGCAGUCGUUCGCCCCCGCCACCAGCACCAUCACCAUCACCCGCACCACCGUCACCAGUCCCAUCGGCAGCAUCAGGUCCAGCGGCGCCCACGCAGCAUCCGUUGUCGAGUCUGUCGUCCAUCGUGCACUCGAUCGAGCAGGCCCGCGGCGGCCGGCCCAUCGCCGCGACAGAGUUCGACACGCUCAUGAAGCUGCUGGGGAGGGAAUGACCAGGAGGCCCAUCAGGGAGGGAGGGCGGCAGGUAUUGGGUGGGGGAUGGAUGAUUCGCAUGGGGGAUGGUACUGGGGUGCCAGAGGUGGGAUGGGGUGGGUGUUUUUAUAUAUUGUAUACGACGUAUUACUUCCUGUUUGCCUGCAGUGGGUGGCGAGUGUGUGUCUCUCUUCGUGCUGAUGUCUCAAAUAGCCGCUUCUCAUCAGCUCUUGUCGGCAGGAUCGUCUGAGCGGCACGGGCAAUUGAGAAGUGGCCAGUGGCGGACAUCAGUGCACACACACAGACACACGCGCACACACACCGCGGGAUGGAUGCAUGGACGGCUGGCCGGCUGAGAUGAUGAUGCACAGUGGGCUGAUUGAGUUGCUUGGUGUGUUGGUAUUUUCGUGUGAGAGAGCGGCAGUGGCAGUGAGUGGCAUUGCCGCCAUGCGAUCAAUCAAUCAAUCGAUGGCUGGGUAUCUGGCUGGCUAACUGGGUGACUUAAGUGUCCGGGGGGCUGUGUCUGCGUCGUGUCUGUCUGUACGUGUGUGCCGGGUGGUAGCCGUGGUUGAGG